AUGCAGCUGAUAAAUUCCUACAAUGAGCUUCUCGAGGAAUUCUCGUCGAAAGACCUGCGCAAUGUGGGGAACUAUAAUCUAGGGAGACUCAUUGGCAAGGGCUCGUUCGGCAAAGUCUACCUCGCCUCCCACAAGCUCACAAACGGUUCUAAGGUUGUGCUCAAGUCCUCAAGUCGAGAUGACUCCAAUCUGGCCCGUGAGAUACAUCACCAUCGGCAAUUCAUUCAUCCACAUAUUGCCCGCCUCUAUGAGAUAAUUGUCACGGAGAAAUUGGUCUGGUUGGUUUUGGAAUACUGUCCUGGCGAUGAGCUAUACAAUUACCUUCUUCGCAACGGGCCAAUGCCCAUUGAAAAAGCGCAAAAGAUAUUUACACAGCUAGUCGGCGCUGUGGCGUAUGUGCAUAGUAAAUCCUGUGUACACCGAGACCUCAAGCUGGAAAACAUUCUGCUGGAUAAACAUGAAAAUGUGAAACUAUGCGAUUUCGGUUUCACCAGGGAAUAUGAGGGCAAAGCCAGCUACCUCCAGACGUUUUGUGGCACAAUUUGCUACAGCGCACCAGAAAUGCUAAAAGGCGAAAAGUAUGCUGGAGAAAAAGUUGAUGUUUGGAGCUUGGGUAUCAUCCUAUAUGCCCUGGUUGCUGGGGAGCUCCCAUUCGAUGACGAUAAUGAUCAAAUAACAAAGACGAGAAUUCUCACUGAAGAGCCGAAAUAUAACGACCGCUUCCCUGAAGAUGCAAAAUCAUUAAUUGGCUCACUAUUGUCAAAGCGGCCGCUUCUCAGACCCAGCAUCAGCGACGUCCUAGCUCACCCGUUCUUAGCGGAUCAUGCUCCCCAGCAACAAGCCAUUUUGAAGCUAUCGCGGCCGGAAUUAUUUUCCACACCAUUGGAAAAGACUACCCUAGAGCGGAUGCGAAGUGCAGGCGUCAACACUGACCAGGUUGUGGAGAAUGUACUGGCCCAGCGUUGCGACGCGCUCGCUGGAUGGUGGGCUCUGCUGAUAGAGAAAGAGGAAAGAAAAGAGAAGCGGAGGGAAAGGAAACGCCGGGAGCGGGAAGCUGAAGCAAAGAACCUCCGGCGACUCAGCGCGGCCAGCAGCCGUCUGGAGCGGAUUUCCGCUGCUCUUGUUGAGGUUGAUGAAGAAGGCCACAGUUCCGAACCUCUUCGCAGCAGAGGGAGGCCCAACAGACGCAGCAUACCAACGCCCCAGCUUUUAAUACCCGAUCUCCCCAAACUUCCUGAAGGGGGCGUUGUCACCUCUCCGUGCGAAAGUAUUCCUCCGCCUCCUAUCGAAAAAGACGGUUCCAUUCGCUCCCUUAGUUCUUCUCGUACUCGACCCAUACCCCCGCCGAAGGAAAGACGUGUUUCUCGCGGGAGUACUCUCCAUCUUAGCGCAUCGCAACCGGACUUGAUGCGCCCUCACGGCAUAUUAAAACGCCCUGGCUCUCGGCGACGUCAAUAUCCUAUUUUAAGCCAACUUGCAUCUCUCAAGCAUUGGCUUGUAGAGUCUACGAAACGAGCCAAAUCUCCCCAUCCGAAGUCUUUCGGACAUCCAAGCGUGUCUCUCAAGUUUCUCAACAGUCCGGGAAAGAGCAAAAAUGCUUCGAAACCAAAUUUAUCAACUCCUACUAGCUCAAGUAACAAGCCUGGUCAACAAACACCUCCCCAGGCAAAGCGAGUAUCCACUGCAAGUAGCCUGGCACCAAGUAAUGCUUCAUAUCCCGGAGCUGUGCGUCCUUCCUCAAUUACCCAGCCACCCCGACACCCCAACAACAGCUCUUCACGGCAUCGAAACUCCUUAUCACCCUCACCGCUGACACCAGCCAAUUCUUAUCGUCGCUCGUCAGCCGGUCUGAGAGGGCGGAAAUCGACAUCUUCUUCUGUUUCAUCUAUUCGCACCAUUCACCACGCACAUUCUCACUCCAAAACCUCCUCGGUAUCUUCCAACAGCAUGGACACAGCUUCCACGCCAACUGGUAGUUCAAUUAAAGCUUUAGCUGUUUCCCGAUCACCUCAUACUUCUAUCAAAGUCCUGCCGACAACGCCUAGCGCAUCCACCCGUUUCCCUAAUAACAUUCGCCUCGUCCGAAACAUCCAUAACGCAAGCCACGGUAACAGUGCUCUAAAUACCUCCUUUAACGAGCCCUCUCCAACCCCCAUCAUGUCCUCGCCGUCGUCAAGUCUUGUGUUUGCUCGACGAAAGCGAUCUGCAUUCAAAGGCCCGUUACUAAAUACCUCCAUGACUUCUGUCAGCGGAUCCACAACCCCUGCACUGUUGAGAAGGAAAGAAGCAUUAUUUCCUGCCGCGUCUAACGACCCAUCUCUUGGCUCCAGAAAAAGUCAAAUUAUUGAAGAGGAAGACGAAUGCUUUGAAGACCAUGUGUUUGAGGAUGAGGAUGUUGACGAGAUUGAUGGUUUCAGCCCUGUUGACGAGAAAAGCCCAACUUUUGUUUGUGCCCGUUCGUCGCUAGAUAUCGUUUCUUCCCGAUCUUCCCCUGUUCCCGACACAUUUGGUCCCAGCGCUCCAGGAUUGAGCUCCGCCAUCCGCGGUGUAAACUCUGCGGAGCCCCAACUUCUUCCUGCUGCAGAAUUCGCAGAGCCGUCUGAAUUUUCCUCUUCCUGCCCUUCCGUUUUCCACUCUGACUCUGACCCUUUUCGACCUCCACGCUCAUCCUCUUUGCUAGAAUCUACGAAGCCUGGCCCUCUAACGGGUGCUGUAACAGCUGAGCAACCGAACGUUUCAACUGCGGAUAAAUCACUGGACGCCGCUCCUGGAAGUCCCAAAAAAUCGUAA